AACGAUACACAAGAAAGUGAUUUAAAUAAUUUGCAAAGUGUUGCCUGAAAUAAACUAAUAUCUAACUUUAAAAUAAAAUAUACCUACUGUGAACAAAUUUUCGAGUUCGAAAAAAUUAUAUCGGAAACUGUGCACACCACGCUCGCCCUCUAGUUCCUCGCUUUUGGUGUGUUUUUAUCCGUCGGCUUUAGUAGACCAACGCCCAUCGAGUAUCUUCAUACACCACGUACGCUUAUCGUAACAUGCUUUGUCCGCUCACCAUGCGUCCUGCUAGCCCUGCUGAAUCAGAAAUCUCCGUCGGUGGCGCACCCAGCCCAUUGCCCCACCACCAAAGCCAGCACCACCAUCAACCAUCUCAUGCACAGCCGUCACAACACCGCAGCACCAUCGAUCUGCUGCAGCAUCAACAAAUGCUCAUGCAACAACAUGCAGCCGCCGCCGCAGCAGCAGCCGCUGCAGGUUUGACACGCACCGGCGCCGAGGAGUAUUUCCAACCACUGAAACGCCUGCGUAUGUCCAGCAGCGAAAUGGAGGAGUCGUCAACGGCGAAUCGCACACCAAGUCCGCUGCAAACGCACAGCACUACACUACCGCCACCCGCACCAACGUCCGCGACCACAGCAACAGCGAAUGCCGCCGCGACAGGCACCGCUGUUAAAUCGAAUAUUGAGGGUGUCAAAAGCUUUACCAUUGCUGAUAUUUUGGGUCAUGAGAAGCGCGCCACGUCCACUUCGCCACCCUCACAGCUGGCAGCGGCGACGGCACAGCAGCAGCAUGCCGCGACUACACCCACACGCCCGUUGUUGGGCGCCAGCGGUCUGUUGCAACCACGCACCGAGCCGCUGGAUAUGGUAAGCGCUGCUGCAGCGGCUGCCGCUGGCAUGCCACAUCAUAUGCUUUUGCCGGGUGCGCAAAUUGUACGCCCCUGGGAUCAUUUGUUGGGCCCGAUGCCAGUGCGUCCCUUUAUACCCUCAGCACUGUUGCACUAUGAACAGCGCUUGGCGCUGGACUAUCAUCGGCAAUUGCAGGAGCAUUUUAAUGCCCAAGCGCAGCUGUUGCGUCACAUGGGCAUGGAUAUGAUACCGUCUGAAAGUGGUUCGGAGCGCUCCAGUUCGGCGGCUAGCGAUUGUUGUUCGCCGGAAAUUGCCCGCUCGUCGGGGGAGCCAUCGACCGGGGCGGCGCAAUCGGCGACGGGUGAGCGCGAUCGGGAACGCAUUUCACAUACCUCAACUUCAGGUAAUGGCGGGGGCAAUAAUAUGGGAAGCAAUAGUUCGGGCUGCGGCAGUGGUGCAAAUAACGAUAAUGCGGCGAACAAUGGCUCGAAUUCGAAAGGCAAGCCAAAUGGAACGCCCUUGGAUGCGCUCUUUCAGAUGACAACAAAAGACUUUGAUGAAGCACAAGGUGAGUCAUCUUUUUUAUGAACA